GUGGGGGCCUGGGCCUUCCUUUAAAACCUUCCCACCAGAGGCUGGUCCAGAUUCGGGGAGCGACCCAGCUCCGAAUCAGUCAGUUUCGUGAAUCACCGGCGUUCCUCCAUGGCCAGCUGGGCUGGAGGGAGCGUAAGUUCAGGGAGGAGACGGCUGUCCUGGAUCGGCCCCUGAGUCGCCUGACUGGAAUCUGAUAAUAACCGGAUCAAUCACCCUCAGGCGGCCGGGACUGAGAAGCCUCUCUCCCAGCUCAGUGGCGGGUGUGGGUGUGGGCGGGGUUCGCCUCUCUGACUCGAGGCCUCGGCUGCAGAGUGAAGUCCACCAGGGGCAAAGGAAGCUGGUUGUUUUGAGUGUUUCCUGGGCCUGCCUUCUUGGUUCGGCGUGUCCUCCCCAGACAGCAGGGUCAUGAGUCAGCCCUCAGCGUGCCCCGCCUGGGCCGAGGACCUUAGCCGCUCACCUGCUGAGGUCAGCGCCCUCCGCGUCUUCUGAGGCUUCUCGUGUGUGCUCACAGAGUGAGUGAGAUUUCAUCUGAAACGUGGCUUCUGCUGCUAAAGAAAUUCUGAGAGCCACCAUCCAGCCCAAGGCCCUCGUUUCACAGUCGAGGACACUGUAACCCAUGAAACGUCCGAGCGUCUUCCGGGGCUGGGCUGUGUGGGCCUCCCGUGCCCUCCGGUCUCCCCGCAGCCCUGGAGGGUGAGCGAACAGCAACUUCUUCCCAGGAGUGGACUCGCCAGCAGAGGGGAGUCAGGGGCGCAUCGAGCUAGAGAAGGGCCUGUGGGACCGGAGGCCUCCUCCUCGCCUCUGAGUCACCUGUGAACUUCUGCUUGGCUGACAAUCCUCGGCACCACCUGUGUGCCAGGUUCUGCGUGCCACCUGGCUCCUCGUUUUCUCGAAGCCAUAGAUCUGUUGACGGCCGUGGACGGGGCUUCUGAUGACCCCCACGGUUCCACCCUCGUAGAAUUCCACUCAAUUCUGCCACCGUGUGCCCCCCGCUGGCCCUGCCCUGUGGAUGGGAGCUGGAGAGCAGCCCCUAGAGAGAGGAACAGAAGCGCUGGACACAGGUGUCCCCCAACUUCGGGGCCUGUAUGUCCCCAAAGAGGGGGGGUCCCUUCCUCUCCCAGCCUCAGGCUCUGUGAUUUGGGGCAGCUGACCCGACCCCUCAGCCUGACCAGGCUCUCUGCGAGUGUCACCUGGCAAAAACUUCCAGGUCAGCGUGGUCUACUGGGACCAGGCGAGGCUGGCAGGCUGGAUGGCUGGUCCCCAGGAUGUUCCCUGCGUCCUCCCAGGGCGGGCCCUGCCCCUCCAAUUCCUGCAUUUCCUGUCUGCAGCUGGCCUCUCCCUCCCCGGAGGAGGAUUUUGCCUGAGGACACGGUGUGGGUGGGGAGCCGGCCUCCUCCCUGUGCUCCGAUUGCAGAAAAGGAGGGGUCCCCACCCCAUGGCAAGGCCGCCACCGGAGCUCUGCCCCCACUCAGUCGCAGCCUCGUCCCAGCUCUGACCGGAGCACGCUGAGCUGGCCGGCAGCAAGCGCCAUGGCAGAGAAGCUGUCGAAAGAGCAGGUGGCUGACUUCAAGGCGGUGUUCACCAGGUUUGACACGGACGGUGAUGGCAACAUCAACCUGCAGGAGCUGGGCGACGCCAUGCGGGCCCUGGGCCAGGACCCGACGGAGGCCGAGCUGAAGGAGAUCAUCACCCGGGUGGACACGGACGGCGACGGCGCCAUCAGCCUCCAGGAGUUCCUGGCGGAGAUGGCCAAGAGGAUGAAGUCCGGCAUCGGCGAGCAGGACAUGCGGGAGGUCUUCCGCGCCUUUGACCUGGACGGUGACGGCCACAUCAGCGUGGACGAGCUCAAGCAGGCCAUGGCCCAGGUGGGCGAGAAGCUGUCCCAGGAGGACGUGGAGGCCAUGAUCCGAGAGGCUGAUUUGGACCAGGACGGACAGGUGGACUACGAGGAGUUCGCACGCAUCCUCACCCGCUAGUGAGGCCGGCCCGGCCGGGUCCCCCCGCCCGACUCUGCCUCUGUGGCCCGGCCUGGGCACUGGGGACGGGAAGGGGAUCUGGGUGGCGAGG